GUGUGUGAGGUGGAUACCAGACUGAAGUGUUGGCGAUGUACUCUCUCCGGAUCUGUCUCUGCGCGGUCCUGCUGUCGGUCUCGGUCCAGGGAUACAACUAUUCGUUCAAUGGUUGGUCCUUGUCCGGUGCUGAUGAGGUAUCUGCCGUGGAAGGGGACUCCGCUGUGUUACCCUGCACUUUCACCCACCCACCCUCCGACCUCGCCCUCACCGGCUCCGUGAUCUGGUUCAGAAGGAAGAGGGAAUCAGAUGCUGAUAUAUCGGUGUUUACCUGCACAUAUCCCGAUCCCGGCCCCACCCGGUGCGAUGGAGCGACUCAGGCCGCCGGAAGGGGCCGG